AUGUAUGGUUUUGUCUUACGUGUACUGAUGAAUAUCGCCGGGCUGUGGCUGGCCACUGUCCUUAUUUCAGGCAUUACGGCGGACACCACAGCGGCCCUGGUAUGGGCAGCCAUCUCACUGGGGUUGGUCAAUGCGUUCAUCCGGCCGCUGGUAUUUUUCCUGACUCUGCCGGUGACGCUGCUGACGCUGGGCAUCUUCAUCUUGUUCAUAAACGCGGCGAUGCUGAACCUUGCCGCCUGGUUCGUGACGGGUUUUGACGUCGUUGGUGUGAUUGAUGCUCUGCUGGGCGCGAUUCUGGUCAGCCUGGUCAGCUGGGUUGGGUCUGCGUUUGUUGGCGACAACGGUGUGCCAAAGGAAACUUGGCCCGGUGAACUGCGCGUUGCGCUGGUGCCGCUGAACGCAAAGAAACUCAUUGGCCUGGGUUUCACAAUCACGCUCGAAAGUGGCGCAGGAGCUGCUGCGGGUUUUCUCGAUUCCGCCUACGAGGAAGUGGGUGUUCAGAUUUCCGCCGACCACAAUCAGGUCCUGUCUGGUGCCGACCUUAUUUUUCGGGUGCGCAAACCGUCCCUGGCCGAAGUGGAACAUCAUAAGACGGGUGCCAUCAGCAUCAGCUUCUUAGACCCCUUCAAUGAAAAAGAACUGGUGGAAUCCCUGGCCAGCCACGGUGUGGUGAGCAUCUCCAUGGAGAUGAUUCCCCGCAGCACCCGCGCGCAGAAGAUGGAUGCGCUGUCUUCUCAGGCUAACCUUGCGGGUUAUGUCACCGUGAUUCUGGCCGCGAUGCAUUGUCCUAAAAUUAUGCCGAUGAUGAUGACACCUGCGGGCACAAUUGCGCCGGCGCGCGUAUUUGUCAUUGGUGCCGGGGUGGCGGGUUUGCAGGCCAUCGCCACAGCAAAACGUCUGGGCGCUCGUGUGGAAGCCUUUGACACACGUCCGGUUGUUGCUGAACAGGUGCAGUCGCUGGGUGCAAAGUUUGUUGAAAUUGAUCUGGGUGAGGUAGGGCAGACCGAUCAGGGCUACGCUAAAGAACUGACCCCGGAGCAAAUUGAGCUGCAACGCGAAGGUCAGAAAAAGGUGAUUGCGCAAAGCGAUGUGGUGAUCACCACAGCUCAGCUGUUCGGACGCCCAGCACCGGUUAUUGUCAGCCGGGAUAUGGUUGAAGCCAUGAAACCUGGCAGCGUAGUCGUAGAUAUGGCGGUUGAAACCGGCGGUAAUGUCGAAGGCUCGGUGUUAAACGAAGUGGUCGACAUUAAUGGCGUCAAAGUCAUUGGCAUGGGCAACCUGCCCAGCGAAGUGGCGCGUAACGCCAGCGAAAUGUACUCGAACAACCUGUUCAAUCUGAUUGGUGAUUUCUGGGACGAAGAGGCGAAAAGCCUGAAUCUCAAUCCCGAAGACGACAUUGUGCAGGCUUGUGUCAUCACCCGCGAUGGCGCGGUGGUGAACGUGCCCGCAACUUUGCAUACACCUUUGAUGUCCGGAGCGAACGCCAUAUCGGGCAUUACUAUCGUUGGCGCAUUGAUUUCAGCCGGCAACGAUUUAGGCAUGAUGUCCACGGUCCUUGGCGCUGUGGCGGUUGCCUUUGCAGCGAUUAACGUGGUCGGCGUGAGCAUUGAACUCAUCAACGUCGUUUACAUUGUAGCCGCAGCGCUUUUUGUAUUCGGACUGAAACAGCUCGGUUCUCCUGCUACCGCUGUACGCGGUAACUUACUGUCCAGCGUGGGCAUGCUGAUCGCGGUAGUGGCGACGCUGUUUAACGCGGAAAUUCUGUCCUUCAGCUGGAUAAUUGGUGCGAUUGUUGUUGGCUCUAUCGUGGGCUAUGUGGCCGCUGUGAAAAUCGAAAUGACCAGCAUGCCGGAAAUGGUUGCUCUGUUUAACGGUUCUGGUGGUAUUGCCAGUCUGCUGGUGGGUUGGGCUGCAUUGUAUAAUCUGGACAACACAACGUUCACCUAUGUGACCAUCGUUGUGUCUGUGGUUAUUGGCGGGCUGACGUUCACCGGCAGUAUUCUGGCCUGGGGUAAGCUGUCGGAAGUAAUGCCGUCGCGAGCCAUCGUAUUUGGCGCGCAGCGGAUCUUCAACGGUGUGUUGUUACUGGCGUUGAUCACCUGCUCAGUACUGUUCUGCCUGGAUCCAUCAGCCAGUUCUCCUUACCUGUUUGCGAUCAUCAUCUUAGCCUGUCUUUUUGGUGUGAUGGCGGUGUUACCCAUCGGUGGUGCAGACAUGCCGGUUGUCAUUUCGCUGCUCAACAGCUACUCAGGUCUUGCUGCCUGUGCGGCGGGUUUUGCGAUACACAACAAUAUUCUGAUUGUUGCAGGUUCGAUGGUUGGCGCCGCUGGUAUCAUCCUGACUAAUAUCAUGUGUAAAGCGAUGAACCGUUCACUCGCCAAUGUGCUGUUCUCAGGAUUUGGUGCAGUUAAGCAGGCGACGAAGGUUGAAGGCGAAGUUAAACCCAUCAAUGCAGAAGAUGCUGCGCUGAUUCUGGAAGCGGCUCAAUCAGUUACUUUUGUACCCGGUUACGGCAUGGCUGUUGCUCAGGCACAGCACGUGGUUCGCGAGUUGGGUGAAAUGCUUGAAGCUAACGGUGCAGAAGUGACCUACGCUAUUCACCCUGUGGCAGGACGUAUGCCUGGUCAUAUGAACGUGCUGCUUGCAGAGGCCAGUGUGCCUUACGAUCAGCUGGUCGAAAUGGAUGAUAUCAACCCUCGUAUCGACAAAAUCGAUGUGGCGGUUGUGAUUGGCGCUAACGACGUGGUUAACCCGGCAGCAAAUGAUGAUGAAAACAGCCCGAUUUACGGGAUGCCGAUUAUCAACGUGAACCAGGCUCGCACGGUAUUUGUGCUCAAGCGUUCAAUGGCUUCAGGUUUCUCAGGCGUGGAUAACCCGCUGUUCUUCGGUGAAAACACACGUAUGUUGUUUGGUGAUGCAAAAGAAUCGCUGGCCGCGGUGCUUAACGAGCUCAAGUAA